ACGGCCGGGUACUCGAGGAGCUCCUAGGGCGGCUGGCUGCGGGCGGUGGGCUGCGCUUCGCUUGCUGGGCUGGGUGCCUGGUCCCGCCCCACCGAGCCCCACCCCGCCGCCCCGGAGAUCCCUGGAGGGCGCAACCACUGAGCCACUGUCUCCGGGCCAGUCUGGGGCGGCCGGCCCGGAACCACCCGAUGAGGUCUCUUCUCUCUAGGGAUGGUGAAGUUGGGAAAAGGUUCCUUUAACCCUUCUCCGGGAUGAACCACCUGCCAGACAUGGAGAAUACACUCACUGGGAGCCAGAGCUCCCAUGCUUCUCUGCGCGAGGUCCACUCCAUCAACCCCACACAACUCAUGGCCAGGAUUGAGUCCUAUGAAGGAAGGGAAAAGAAAGGCAUAUCCGAUGUCAGGAGGACUUUCUGUUUGUUUGUCACCUUUGACCUCUUAUUUGUAACAUUACUAUGGAUAAUAGAGUUAAAUGUGAACGGAGGCAUUGAGAACACGUUAGAGAAGGAGGUGGUACAGUAUGACUACUACUCAUCUUAUUUUGAUAUAUUUCUUUUGGCAGUUUUUCGAUUUAAAGUGCUGAUACUCGCAUAUGCUGUAUGCAGACUGCGCCAUUGGUGGGCAAUAGCGUUAACAACAGCAGUGACCAGUGCCUUUUUACUAGCAAAAGUGAUCCUUUCAAAGCUUUUCUCCCAAGGGGCGUUUGGCUAUGUGUUGCCCAUCAUUUCAUUCAUCCUCGCCUGGAUCGAGACAUGGUUCCUGGAUUUCAAAGUGUUACCUCAAGAAGCAGAAGAAGAAAACAGACUCCUGAUAGUUCAGGAUGCAUCAGAGAGGGCAGCCCUCAUACCUGCUGGUCUUUCUGAUGGUCAGUUUUAUUCCCCUCCUGAAUCUGAAGCAGGAUCUGAAGAAGAGGCUGAGGAAAAACAGGACAGUGAAAAACCGCUUCUAGAACUCUGAGUUCUACUUUAUAAAAAGAUGAUGACCAUUUGUGGCUUGAUCUGCGACAGCCAUGUUGGAGUUCUGGAGUUGUUUUAAGUCACUUGCUGGUCUCAAACCAGGCUGUACUUUAGGAUCACCGAACAUUGUUUAUAAGUUCCUAUACCCGGCCUGUGAUAAGCUGUAUGUCUCAAUGACUCUCAAGGGCUCCUAAGAAGACAGAGAGACCCGUAGGUAGAAUGGACAGAGCAACAGAUGUCCAGUAAGACUUGGAAUCAUGUGGACUCUGGGGCUUAUUCAGUGUUCAACACGGGCAUAUUUAAUACUGUGGCUUACUGGUUAUCUCUGGGCAUAUUUAAUUUUAGGGUUACAGUGUGAUUAACCUGGGGCCUCUGAAAUCUGGCUUGAUGUAGUGAAAUGGACAUAAUGUCUGUAUGGUGGUGCAGUUGAGACAUUGGAGAGAAGGUGGACCUCCCUGCAGAAUUCUUGAUGCUCACUACAUGGUAGGUAUUUCCUAUUAAUUCAAAGAAAUCAAACAGCAAACAUAGUCUAACAGAAGAUAAUGGAAAUCAUGCAUUCAGUUAUGUAAGUGUUCGUGGUUCAUAAGAAUGUUGAGUUUAUAGCCUUUCAGGUGAAUUAUGUAUCAUCUUGCUUUUUAUCAAUUUAUGUCUUAGUCCUCUAAUUUUCUGGUUGGCAAUUAUAUAGGACUUUGAGUAAUAGAAUGGAGAAAUUCAGCUAUUGUUAAUUUGGCCCAUUUGCCAGACAAAAAGACUUCAAACAAUGAAGUCUAUGAAGAAAAUAAUUCCAAAUCAUAGAAGAGAAUACAUAACAGGGGCCAGGUGCAGUGGCGCAUGCCUGUGAUCCCAGCAGCUCUGGAGGCUGAUGCAGGAUGACUGCAAGUUCAAAGCCAACCUCAGCAACUUAAUGAGGUGCUAAGCAACUCAGUGAGGCCCUGUCUCUAAAUAAAAAAUACAAAAGGAUUGGGAACGUGGCUCAGUGGUUAAGUGUCCCUGAGUUUAUUCCUUGGUACAAAAAAAAAAAAAAAAAACCAUAAUAGGGGCAAGUCUUAAAGUUUUGAGAAUUGUUGCCUGGAAAAUUUCUCUUUUGUAAAAUAAUUAAGAACAUAUGAGGGGCUGGGGUUGUGACUCAGUGGUAGAGGGCUUGCCUAGCAUGUGCAAGGCUCUGGGUUCAAUCCUUGGCACCACAUAAAAAAAUAAAUAAAGGUAUUGUGUCCAACUACAACUAAAAAAUAAUUAUUAAAAAAAGAACAUAUGAAGUUUUAUUCAUCAUUUUUUUCUUAUACUUGGGAAAUGUAUGGAUUACUCUAGCCCUACAAUGACUAUUGAGACAUGACUGUCUUCAUUUGGAAUUGUAUAAACCUUUGCCUCAAGUUUUUUUUUCAUCAAACACCUGUGGAUGUAACCUGCUGUUCUAGUCUGUAUUUCAUCCAGCCAUGUGCCAUGGACUUGAAUCAUAGAAGGCCUAUUGGUUAAUGAGAGAUCAGUGUGUAAAAGCCUUCUCAGCAUGAAAAAUUACGUGGCAGUUGGCUUCUAGCCCUUUAAUAAAAAUAAUAGCACAGCAUUCUGGAGAGGAAAUACAGGAAGGUAAUGAGGAUACAGAAUUUUCUAAAGGGUAACUUGAGGGCAGGGCUCCUGAAGCCAGGCUGCUUAGCUUCAAGUGCCAGCCUUUUUGAUUAUUCCCUCUAUAGCUAUGGGGAAGUUCCUCAGCCAUUGCCACCUCAGUUACCCCUGUACAUAUCUCCUAGGCUGUUUGUGAGAAUUAAAUGAGGGGACAUGUAGUUAAUGUAGCACCUGGUACGUAGUAAGCAUUAUAAAGCAGUUGCUAUUAUUACUUCAUUGAGAUGUCAAUCACUGAAUUUGAAGCUGUAAUCUUCAAUUUUAAUACAUUCUUCUAAGGAUGGAUAAACGUAGUGUGAGAAUAAACUAUAAUAAUAAUGUGCUAUAUAUUUCACAGGGUAAAGAAAAAUGAUUUUCAAUGUUUUUAUGACUAAAAAUGAUACACGUACAAGGGGAUAGAUAUGCUUAUCCUUAUUUGAACUUACACAAUGUAUACAUGCAUUAAACCAUCACGUGUUUCCACAAAUAUGUACAAAUUUUAUGUGUCAUUUUAAAUAAAAGGAGCAAAUGGUAUAGCUAGUUAGAGUCAUACUGAGCAGCCAGGGCUCUAACUGGCUAUGAAAUGUGAUUUCUGGUCCAGGAUUCCUUCCACCAUGCCAUGGGACUUCUCUAUAAGGGGUAGUUGUGCUGUGGGGGAAAAGAUUGGACCAAGAAGGUUGCAUAACCUACCUCCUUCUUGGAUUCCUUAGAAUGUUCCUCAAGGUGAUUGUGAGGACCUUAGGGCCCAGUAAUUCUACUGAAGGAGCUAGGAUAUCACAAUACUAUCCAUGUCCAGAGAGAACCGUUAAGGGUCCUCUUGUACAUGAAGCUCAGCCUACUUCCCAACAAGAGGACACACACUCUCAAAAAGGAAGGCAGAGCUUCUUUCUAUGGCUAGAGGACAAAUUAUCGUGAUUACAGAGUAGGUCACAAUUUUAUCUAAAGAGGAAAGACAAAUUGGAAAUUAGUAUGUAUAUGAAGAGAAAACAGAUGUACUCACAAACCUUUAAGAAAAUUCUCUGACUCAUUGUAGGAUGCCGUUAGUAAAGCAGGAAUGCAUGUGUUUGAUUUUGUUUUGUUUCUCCAAAUUGAUAGUGGAUAAAAGGAAGACAUGAUAUUGGGGCAAUUAUACACACACACAAACUAGGUUCCACUGGACUUGACUUUAAAUCAAUACUAUUACUUAAAAAACUAGUGACUUUAUAGACUGUAGGCCAUAAUUGUGCCUACAUUGAAGGACUCUUACAGGAUUCAUGGAUUGGAUUGCCUGGUGCACGGUAGUAGCUAAGUCCCUGCUCUAUUCCACCCAUCCUCUGCAGAAAAUUGAGAACAGAUCAUCCUUGGUGCUUUGCUGGUAUAUAAAUGCGUUAUAAACUAUUUCUGGAGUUCAGCACAUACAAAUGCUAUGGAUGACUUGCCUGAACCAAGCAUUACUAACUCAUGUAACCCAUACAAUUCUAUAACACAGGGUUUUCUAACUUCAUUUUAUAGGAAGAAAUUAUGGCACAUAGAUUGCAAGUCUCUGAGGUCACCCAGACACUAAAUUCCAGACCCAGGAUUGAAACCCAAGCUAUCUGGGUCCUUCAUCCAUAUCCUCAACUCCUCUGUCUCACUGCCUCUUGUGGUUUAGUGCAGUAUUUACAUUGGUAUUGUGAGGACCAGGAAACAGUGCUUGUGAAACCCUGGUACAGAGCUGGGCACACACAGUGCAAGUCUUGUUUUCCUAUUUUCAUGGGAAUGUCUUAAACAAAAUGAAUGUCAAUCUGUUACCUUUAAAAGAGCGGUAAUAUGACUCUCCAUUUGGUUCUGACUCCUUUUGGAGCCAGUGCCCCUAGGAAAGCCCUAAAAUUCCCAUCUCAGGGAUAGAAGUGAAAAUUGGUGUUGGAUCCUCGUUAAUAACCAUGGCUUGAAGUCAAGAUUCAGUUGUCAUGCUGCUUGUCACUUUGAACUUUCAAUUUAUUUCCAUCAAAUUAAAGUCCACAUGGCCCAAAGUAGACUGUUGUGUUUAUUAUGAAAAAUAAAGAACAGAAUUCAAAUAGCAAAGAAGGCAAUUUCAGGAUGUGUGGAAUGGAAGGCUUUAAGGUGGUCUCUGGUUAAAGGGCACUAAGGGAUGUGUCUAGAAGCUGUCCAUUGGCCCCACGAAGGUUGAGAUGAUUGGGCUGGCUGGAGGGGCUGAUAGGGACUAGAAACACAGGGACUAGGUGCCACUAAGUGCUACUCAUUGUUACAGAGUGAAGAUGCUCCAUUUGCCCACUGGUUAGAGAAACCCUUACUGCAAUAGUGACAGAAUUAUACAGGUGAGAACCCAAGGAGCUGUAACCCAGCAAGCAAACCUAGCCAGGUUCUCGGCAGACACUCUUCAGGACAAUAAACCAAGAACACAACACAACUCCGUUGUGCCACCAUUUGUUAGGUACUCUUCCCAUUUCUACCGACAGCUGUUUUUCUUAGCAGACUGAAGGUGAUGAAGGCCAAGUAGACCACACUCUUGAGGAGUAAGAGGAGGUAGGUCCAGUAGACAGAGGUGUUUGUGAGCUGCAGCUUUAGUGCAUCUAAGAGAAGUCAGGUAAUUAGUUUCACUUGUUCUUUUGACAAGAUAGGACCCUUCAUGGGGAAAGUUUCCACAGAUGUUUAUUUUUGGUGACCUACACUGAAGUGACACCACCCCCACCAAACCCCAAAGGUCAACAUCUACCACUCCCACCCAAACCACCAAGAGCAAGGUUUAGCUUGUAAGUCAAGUUGAUUACCAAUAUUUGCCUUACUUACUUAGAACCUUCCUAAUAUUUAAAAGUAAGAAUCCAUGUUUAAUGGAUGUGUCAAUGGGGAACAAAAGUAUGUGUGAUAACUAGAUUUUAGAAUUUCUUUACCCCAACCUGUCUCUAAGUACAAAUAAUAUAUAAUAUUCAUUAACCAUUAAUCGAAUGACACAGAGUAUGUUAAGAAUUAAUUUGCAUGUAAAAUUUUAGUCUUAUUUAAUCUGUAUAGUAGCCUAUACAAAAUGGGAAUAGAGUCUAGUCUGUGGUACUCCAAAGCCCAUGAAUCUUCCCACCCAAACAUAUAUGUCCAUGGUGUUUCAGAGUCUUGACUUUGGAAUUUCUUGCUUUGUGACUCAUUUAUAGUUGUCUCAUAUGAAAACAAAUUGUUUAUUAUGAUAGUAUAAUGCCUAGGAAGUGAUGGAUUAAAUAAAUAUCCACAGUCUUUUCUGCAAUCCAGCCAUUCUGAUUUUUCUACCUUAAGUAAAGGAAGUUCAAAAGUUAGAAUGAUCAGGAGUGGGAGAAGCUAUAGCAUGAGAUAAAGAAAAACACACACUAAAAAUUAAGAUUUUACCUUUUAAAUAAGCUUCAGAUUCAGUAGUAUUGACAACUAGAAGAAAUAAGAACAAGUAGAAGUCAAUUAUCAUGUCCAUUAUUUGACUGUAUGUACCUGGGUAUGGGUAAACUUCAAUGUCAACACUGGAGACAGUCAACCAAAAGUUAAUAUCUAUGAGUGACCAUUGCUGUGCCAAGCACUGUUAAAUGUUCCACACUGUUUGCAUCUCCAGUGACAUAAGUGUGUUCAAUCAUGGACGGUAACCAUUUUAUGAAUGAGGAAUUAAUUAUAAAUGGUGUAGCAUCAUCAGGUAUCUUAAUUAUUCUUAGCAUAUAGCCUUUUCUCUCUCUUUUUUCCACUCUCUCUUUUUUUAACCAUAGAUUCAGCAUUUCAGUGCAAGUCUUUCUAAAGACACAAGAUAGGAAUUUUUACAUUCCUAAUUCUCUGAAUAAACCUAAGGCGAGAGCUGUAUUUAUCUAUCAUGACUCCUAGGAAAUGAUGGAUUAAUUAAAAUGUCACUCCGUCUAUUCUGACACAUCUAAUCAUUCUGAUUUCUCUAACUUACACGAGGGAAGUUCAAAAAGUAAGAUGCUCAGGAGGAGGAAUAUUGUAUAGCAUGAUACAAAGACAAACGUGCUAAAACCUACCACUUUCACAUUUCAGAUCAGCUUUUCUGGCAUUAAUAGUGGUGACAGCUAGAAGAAAAGAGAGCAAGAUUGAGUCAAGUAUUCUUGUCUAUUAUUUGAAAGUUUAUGUAUGUGUACACAUACACGUAUUUAUAUGCACGUAAAUAAAUAUAUACACACAUCUCUGGAAGCAUAGAAGACAUAAUCAUUAAAACUGAGUCCCACAGUUCCAAAAAUAGUCUGAUUCCAGAUAAUUGAGCAGCUAUCAUAUAAUAUUUUUCCACACACACAGAUAUUGAAAUUCAUGAAAGAUUUUUUUUCCUUUUUUUAUCAUAACUGGAUUAUAAUAUCCAAGACUGAUCUUCCUCCUUACUCAAAGCUCCUCACAAGUAGGCACAAAUAUGUCAGUGGGAAAAUAAAAGAAUUAGCUGCUUUUCAGGUUUCUGCUCACACUCCUAAUACGAUGUUACACUAAAAUGAAUCUGUCCAAUCUUAGAGUCAAUGACAGAAUCAUGCACUUUUGAAGGAGUCUCAAUUAGAGAAAUUUCCUCUGCUUAGUACUUUUCCAAAUCAUGCAUAUCCCCAAUAUUCCUGGUUCACGCACACGAUUUCCUGAAGGUUUGGUGUUUGUAGGCAUGACGAUAUCAAUAUUAAUUAAAGUUCAUAUACAUUGAGUGAUCCCUGUUUGGUUGGCACUGUGUUAAAUGCUUCACAUGAAUUAUCUUGUUUAAAUCCUCAGUCACACUUAAGUGAGUUGUAUUGUGGCAGGGGCGGUUACUGCAGAUUGAACUCAGGGUUGCUUUAUCACUGAGCUCUAUCCCUAGUCCUUCUAAAAUUUUAUUCUAAGUCAGGGUUUCACUAAGUUGUUGAAGUUGGUCUUGAUUUUCAAUCAUCUUGCCUCAGCCUUACGAGUCACUAGGAUUGCAAGCACACACUACUACACAUGGCUGAGUUGCAUUAUUGAUAGUCUCAUGUCAUGAAUGAGGAAAUAAAAUUUGAAGGGUUUACAUAACUAACCAAGAGUCCUAUCAGUGAAUUGCUGGGUAAAUAUCUGAAGAUAUCGAGGGGAAUUUUUUUUUUUAAAAAAUGUGGAAAUUACUUUGCAUAUAAAUACAGAGAAAAUAAUUUAUACAGAAACAAACAAUUCCACCACUCUGGACACUAAGAAAAUCCCCUAGAAUCUUGAGUAUUCUUAGAAAAUGCCUUUAAAAAAAAUAGGUGCUGAGCAUUUCAGUGCCAUUCUCUCUGGAGAUAGAAAUAUAGGCCCAAUCACAUUUUUAGUUCUCAGAAUAAAACUCAGAGUAACAGUUGUAUUUACCCACAGCUAGGAAACAAAACUAGAGUAAUCUGCUAUCACUCUUUCCCCAGUCAUUACACAUAGUAGACAAAUGAAUGAAUGAAGUCCCUUUGUUGAAAUGCUUCAGAGCCUAUGGCUGUAUCCUCUUAUUUACAGUCAUCUCAUACCAGCGUCUGUAGUUUACUGUGUUGAUAUGAUGCCAAGGAAACAAAGGACAACUUAAAGUGACACUCAGUCCAUUUUGGAACAACCAGAUAUUCUGAUUUCUCUGUCAUAAGUGAUGAAGUUCAGAAGUUAAGAUGAUCAGAGGAGGGAAAAUGAUAUCGAAUGAGGUGAAGGCAAACACACACUAAAACUCACCAUUUGUAACUUUCAAAUCGGCUUCUCUGGGAUUCAUAGUGGUGACAACUAAAAGCAAUAAGAACAAAUAUCACUCAAUUAUUCAUGCCCAUUAUUUUAAAGCAUGUGAGUGUGUGUGUAUAUAGACAAUGGUUGUUUUGGUUGGUUCUUUUUCUACUAGACAUGUUCUUGUCUAUAUGAAUAUACUUAACACUCUGCAAUAUUAUUGAACAUUGACUUAUUUUUUGUGUGUAUUUUUAAAAUGGAGUUGAGGUAUAGGUCUUAGGGGUAAGUCUCUAGAAAUAAAAUAUCAGUAUGGUUAUAUUUGAAUUGAAAAUACCAUUAAAAACUGACUGUAAUGGAUAUAAACAGUGUAUCUCUUAGGGGCUGCGGUUGUGACUCAGUGGUAGAGUGCUUAUCUAGCAUGUGUGAGGCACUUGGUUUAAUCCUCACCACCAUAUAAAAAUAACUAAUAGAAUAAAGGUAUUGUGUCCAUCUACAACAAAAAAAUUGUUUUUGAAAAAAGUGUAUCUCUUUCCUUGUGAUAUAUUCACUAAAAGAUAAAUGAAAAUCAUUUUUACCAUGAAUCAUUUGAGGUAAAUAGAAGAAAGUACAGUUCCUAAGUAAUAAAGUCUAUGUGCUCUUUAAGUUCUCUCAAAGCUUAUUGUAAACAUGAAAAUACCAUUUUAUCUCCCUUCAAAAUAGUCACUUCAUUAAUUCAUUUCCAUGUGCUAUUUUUCAGCUUUUACCAAACCAAACCAAACCAAACCAAAAUAAAAAAGAACCUUCAAAAAGCAGCAUUGGAAAAGAUGACAUUGACAAAAGCUCUCUCCUCAGCUCUGGAGCCAGAGAAGCCCAUGAGAAACAUUUGUUUUAGAAAUCAGUGCCUAGUAAAUUAUUAUUAAACUGGAACCUCUCUCCUACACGAGAUUCAUCACCAUGUAACUUAAUAUUCUUUUUAAUUUUCUCUGAUCAAUAGAACAAUCUGAACCUAAUUGGACACUUAUGCACAGUGGUUAAGUUAACCUUGUGUUUGCAUAUUUGCCUCCCCUCUGUUUCUCAGCAUGGAAAACAGAAAAUUGGGGUUGGUUUUGUAUUCUUGUUUAGUUGAUUUUAGGAAAGGAUGUAAGUACAAUAAAUAUAGAAAUAUCUGAA